AUGAUGGCCAUGAUGGGCGCGCCAGCCCUGGGCCUUCGCGACGUCGACGAACCCCUUGAAACUCGUUCCCCCAAGGGAGGAAGAGGAGGAUUCGCAAAGGAUGUCGGCGCUAAUGCCGUCGGCGGUCUCGCUGGAUCUAUCCCUAUGAUGGCCAUGAUGGGUGCGCCAGCCUUGGGUCUUCGCGACGUUGAAGAGACGGGUCACAUCCACACACUGAUGGCACGCGCACCAAGGGUCCCCAGCUUCCUCAAGCCCAAGCCCAAGCCCAAGGCGGACCCACCCACACCGGGCAAGCCUAACCCAGCAGGUGGACCAGAAAAGGAGCCUGGCAUGAUGAGCAAUAUUGUCGGGCAGGGAGUCGGUGGCCUCGCCGGGUCCUUGCCUUUCAUGAUGAUGCCUAUGGGAGGCGGCGGCGGCGGAGGGCAGCAACCCGCCGCACGUGACGUCCAGAACUCUGCUCAAUGGGAAGACGAGGAUGGUCAGCAUCUCGACCGGCGUUUGGCUGGUGCCGCUGUUGGUCUGCUCAGGACUGGAGCGGGCGCUCUCGGCAAGAUGGGCGGAAGUGCUGGAAUGAGGGGCAUCGGCGGUGACAUGGUCGGUGGCCUCGCUGGCUCUGCCCCUAUGAUGUUCAACAACAAGCAGUAG